AUGAACAAAAGAUCUCUUACAUAAACUGAAAGAGCAACAAGUGCAGCAAUAGGUAAAACUUAAAUAAGUACAUAACAUAAACAUACUUUUAUGACAUAAACAUAAAAAACAGAGAAUUUGUAAAAAUUAAUUAUAUUAAUAGAUUAAAUUAAAUUGUUGAAUAGGAAUGUCCACUCUAUACAUAAUAUAAAUAAAAGAACCUUAAUUAUCCAAUUAUGAAGAUUAAAGAAUUUAAGAAACCAUUAAUUGAUCCUGUUGAUCAUACUGAUUAUAUUAAGUUUAAAAAAAUGAAGAAUAAUUUUGUAAAAGAAUAUAAGGAGAAAUUAGAUAAUUAUUUUUAGAAUAAUACAAAAUAUGAAAGAAGAUUUUUCAAAAUAUAUCAUAGAAAAGAUUAAAUUUACUUUAAACAUAAAAAUUCAUCUUAAAAACAUGUUGAAAAUCCAGAAGUUACUGAUAUGAGAACUUAUAAUUAGAUUUUAUAAAUGAAUUAAUAAUAAACUCAACGUGCAAAUUUGAAUAAAUAAUAAGAAAAGAGAAGAAGAGAAUUAAAGAUGGAAGAGAAAGAAGAAAAAGAAUACAUAAAACUUAUUAUGGAUAAAUUCUUAAAAGAAGAAUAGAAAUAUUUUGAUAAAUUGACUAAUUUGGAAGAAUAAGGAUAAUAAAUGUUUUAAGAGAAAGUUUAAUUAAGAAAUAAAUAUACUCAUGAUUACAUUAAAAAUCCAUAAAGAGAAUUUGUUGAAAAAAAGGAUCUUAUAAUAAGUAAGGUAUUAUAAGUUCCAGAAAAUUUGAAUUCAUCAGUUAUUAGUAAUGCUGGAUCUCAAAUUUAAUCUUAACCUACUAUAUAUUAAGCAAAUAUGCCUUUUUCUAGUGCAUUCUCAAGUUUUCAAUAAUUACCCUCUCUUUAAAAUGUAUUACAAAGAAUGAAUUCUAAUGUUUUAUAUUAAUUGCCUGUCCCUUAAAUUUAAGAAUAUGAUUUAUAACCAGGUGAACAAAUUAAAAAACCAUCAACAUAUUAGACUCAAUAGAUUUUGGAUCUUUAAAGAUUAAUUACAUUAAAUGAAAAAAUUGAAUUCACUUUUAGAAUAGUUAGUGAACCUUCAUUAUUAGAUCUAGUUGAUUCUAAUGGUUGUACAUUAUUACAUUAAGCAGCAUUGAAAGAGAGAAAUGGAAUUGCUAAGUUUUUAUUAAUAAAGGGGAUAGAUUAUAAAAAGACAGAUAACAAAGGGAGAACUGCUUUGGAUAUAGCAAUCAAAUAAAAAAAUCAAAAAUUAAUAGAUUACAUAAAUCAAAUUAAAAAGAAAGGACUUAAAGAAAUAAAUUGA